AUGUUAUUUCUCUUUUUUGUUGUUGCUUUAAGCGAAACCCUUUACUACAACGUAAACACCAAAUCAACCAAUGUCAUAGACUAUGAGAGAUAUGAUGUUGAUACAUGUUACAUGACUAAAGAUAGCGAAUUUUUCCAAAUUACUGUUGCCUCUAAAGUUUACACCCGAAAAUAUUUCACCGACGUUGAAUGCAAGAAACCUGGUUCUACAGCAACAGAAAACAUUCAAUUUGAAGAUAAAAACUCCAAAUGGAAGAAAACUAUUGAUGCCAAAUUUACAAAAAAAGUCGUCUUUACUGCUGAAAAAAAAGCUAGUUGCCCAAACAAGGACAAAAAGAUGGCUGGUGUUUAUAAAAACGAUGUCUGCUAUAAAGAUGGUGAAAAAUACAAAAAGGCUAUUAUUCUUAAUGAAUCCGGUGUUAAAAAGUGGUCUCUAGCUGUUUAUAGCGAUGCUACUUGCACAAAACAAACAGAAACUCCGAAUAAGGUAGAAUGCAAUAAGUGUACUUCUGAUGUUUAUACUGCUUGUUAUGAAUCAUUAACCCCAGAUUCAUCUGUUCUCACUUUUGUUCUGUUUGCUUUUGCAAUCAUUGCAUUCUUUUUCUAA